UUGUCCAUUUCUAUUUGCGGUUUCAUCCAAUUAAUUGCAAAUCACUCGAACUUUUUAUUUAGAUAUCGAGACGGAGGCAACCGUCGAGGCAACUACGGCGGAAGAGAUUCAUUCGAAAGAAUCGAUCGCGGUGGUGAAGUGCGAGGCGGAUUUGAUGACCGCGGCUAUGGCAACAGAAAUAGCGGCCGAUUUUCGGAUCGUGGUUAUGGCGGUGGUCAGCGCAAUGGUGGCGGCUACGAUGUUGGUCGUGAUGAUCGUGAAUACCCGAUGUCUGGUGGCCGUGGUGGCUACAAUCAGAGGGGCUACGAUUCACAGCCAAUGCGCAGAGACAAUGGCGACCGCGAAGAAGCGAAAGGCCGCUGGGCAGGUCUACGUGAGGAUGGAAUGCAAGCACAAGUAACUAAGUGGGAGCAUCAACAACCUCGUGAUGAACGUCUCGAAGCCGAAUUAUUUGCUGGACAGUUGUCGGGAAUUAAUUUCGAUAAAUAUGAGGAAAUUCCUGUUGAAGCAACUGGAGAGGACGUCCCGCCGCCGAUUUCUCUUUUUGCGGAUCUAAAGCUUCAUCCAUGGAUUGAGGAGAACAUCCAGAAAUCCGGGUACAAUCGCCCGACUCCUGUGCAAAAAUACUCGAUUCCUGCGCUGAACAGUGGACGCGACUUGAUGUCUUGUGCACAGACAGGUUCAGGAAAGACAGCAGCUUUCUUGGUUCCUCUUAUUAACGCCAUUCUACAGGAUGGUCCUGGUGCCCAACAUCCUCCUACAAUGUCUCACGGUGGCCGUAAGAAGCAGUACCCGUCUGCGCUGGUGCUUUCUCCGACGAGAGAAUUGUCACUUCAGAUUUACAAUGAGUCCCGCAAGUUCAGUUACCGUACUCCGAUCACUUCGGCUUUACUGUAUGGUGGAAGAGAGAACUACAAAGAUCAAAUCAACAAACUUCGCCUAGGAUGCCAUAUUUUGAUCGCAACGCCUGGUCGACUGAUCGACGUGAUGGAUCAAGAAUACAUU